AGGGGCCGCGGAGGGAUUUCUUGAGCAGAGAGCUGCUGCGCUGGGGGUGGGAGGAGGCGUGGGCGAAGUCGGCGGCGAGGGAGGGGUCGUUGGGUUGGGAGAGGCUGCUGGGGGUGCUGGAGGGGAAGCCGUGGAAUUGAGAGGUUAGGUCGUCGUAUUGCGUUUGGAGGGAUAGUUCGGAUUGCUUGAGGGUUGCGAGGGCGCUGGUGGGGUGUUAGUUAGGGACUUGUUAUGGUGGAGGAAGGGGGGGAGAGACGUACGCAGUGUCUCCGGCGUCUUCUAGACUUUCCCUCUCGACGGCGAUGUUUUCGAGGCCGGCGCGGAAGGAUUCGAGGGAGCGCGAGAUGUGGCCAUCUUGGGAGUUUGGCUCGAGGUUUAGAGAGAUUGCACGUUGGCGCUCGAGGAGGGAGAGCUUGAUGUGGUCGGCCAGGAGGAAAAGUUGAUUAGGAUUGGACAUGGCUGGAAUGCUGUACUAAACAGCCUGCCUUGGUGUGUUCGAAGUAGCGACUCUGCAAAGGACCCCAGCGACUGAUCCCUCUUAAUUCCCUUGCAAUAGAACAAUUCCCCUGUGUUGGAAAACAAAACGGGCGCCAGCGACUCGAAAAGUCCAAACGGAGGCUCGGUGUUUGAGUUUCGCAAAGCAACCUGGCCUCGUUCUUGGAAAUCGCCCAAGCGUAAUAUUCGCAAGCGGCGUUCGCGGCUCGAUGUUCAUCCGGCCAAUCGGCUGCCAGCAUACUCGAUAAGGCAGCGUCAGAUAUCGCACAGACAAUCUUCCUACGCCACCAAGGUAACGGGGACAGUAUAAUCCCAUCUAUUUUGAAAAGCUGUUUUGUCUUUGGAAAGAAACUAUACGAUCAGCUGGAAGGAAGAGUAACUGAAAUCACAUCGCAUUCACGCCGCGGCCUGUCCGCAACAGAGCCUCCAACGACGUCACACCCAUACCGACAGAACCACGAGCGAUAGGUCGGCCCGGCGGGGUCCAACUGACGACGAGGGACAGAUCCCUUUGAGCGACGUGCCUACAUCCACGGCAACAAUACCAACAUCCUCUAGCCUCACCUACGGCUUUAUAUAACAAUUCGAACAUACGCAAGAGUGCCCACGGCAUGGAAGAACAAAGCCUGACGCUCGGACGGCGAAACGGCCAGUCAGGCUCGUGGCACCCACCGACGCCCAUCACCCCAUCUGUUGCAGCAACACAUUCGAGCACAUUACCGGCGAGGCCGAGUACGCCUAUAUCAAGAUCGAUAGGCGACGCUUUUCAGCAGAACUUCCUCGACGAUACAAGUCCGUCGGCAUUCCCCGAGUCAGAGCCAACAGCGCUUCUUUCUCGGCCAUCUCCACAGCCUGGCCCCGAGGAACAGAGCGGCGCCCCUGAAAACACGGAAGAAACUUCAGCAGACGCACCCAGGGGAUUGGAUUUUUGCGCUUUGGACUAUGUUACAGCCGUCGACGAGAACCUGGUUUGUCCAGUUUGCCGGAACCCAUUCGUCGAUCCUGUAACCACCAGCUGUGACCAUGUAUUCUGCAAGGACUGCUUCGACCAAGCAUAUAGAAUCGCGCCUAUAUGUCCUAUAGACAGGACUCGAUUAUGGCCACCGAACCAUGUUGGACCAACGGCAAGAAUAAUUACGAACCAGCUUGAUGCACUGGAAGUCAGAUGCCCGAACUCUGCAGACGGAUGCGAGAAGACCCUGGCGCGGUCAAUGGUGCAGAACCACGUGGAUAGGUACUGCGGCUACAGCCUAGUCGACUGCCCCGAAAACACAUGUGAGCGCAAAGUGCCUCGAAAGGAUGUACACAGAGGAUGCUUACAUUGGUAUGCGAUAUGUCCGGACUGCUCGGAGAGCUUUUUCGCGGUUGAUAUGGAGCACCAUAGGGCACGAGUCUGCACGGAACGCGUGGCAAACUGCGACAAGUGUGGCCUUGAAGUGCUUCGACUGAAUGCUGACCUCCACGACCUAGAUUGCGAGGAGGCCAUCGCACUGUGUAGAUGGGCUAUAUAUGGCUGCGAGCAUCAGUCGAAGAGGAAAGAUUUGGGCAGCCACGCGCCAGAAUGUGCUUUCAAAACUAUGGGCCCGGUGGUGGAAUUAUUAAAGGAUGAGAUAACAUCACUGAGAGGCGAAGUACAGACUCUCACGGAGAAAGACAAGACAAAAGACCGCCGCAUUCGGUUCCUCGAAAGCUACAAGAACGCACCGUCAUACGGUGACCCUAUUAUCGAUAUCCCCUACAUGUCAGAAAACCCUCAAUCAUUAAUAGACCCUGCACCGUACGAUUCCCGAGACCAAUAUCUCCUAUCACUACUCGAAAACCAGGAAAGCAAAGUCGACCAGCUCUCCGUCGGGAUGACCGAGCUCGAAGCGAAGCAAACCGUAAUGCUCUUCAACGAAACAAUACCCAUCAAGGAACAACUCGCCGAGCUGAGAAGUGCCCAGGGAGUCAUCGGGUGCCAUGUCAGAUGGCUCAUGAACCUGCGCCUGCAGGAGCGGCGCCCAGGAGCCACAGCAGCGCUUAACAGCGGAGCUAAAGCCGAGUCGAGCUCGGGGUCGGGGUCCGCCGGCCCCUUUGCGCAGCAACCGAGGAAGUUGAGUGACCCUAGGGAAAAUAUCACGAAGCUGUAGAUCGGUGGUUCUCUGCUUUCUAAAAAUCUCCAUUGGGUUUCAAGGGAUGGGUGCUUCCAUACGCCCGGACGGCUUUCUCACACUUCAUUCUCAAGAGUGGAUAUACUAGGCAGUAUUGAGAGGGCUGCUGCAUGAAUUUAUCUCCGAUAACAGGACAUUUCGUCAGACGAACGGAUGUUUCGCCAUACCACUACCCUUGCCUGACCGUUGAAACUCGGGACUGGCUGACUACUUGCUGACGCCCUAGUCUGGUUUCAAGUUGCGCAAACGGGAAUCUGACGUCACGCAAGAUGAAAAAAUCGGACGCACAUGCCAGGUAGUACAGAUAGGGUCGUACGAAAACGCAAAAGAUGGG